CAAGACAUCUCAUGAGUGCUGCUGCAGCACAGAAGGAGACAGACGUCCCUGUGAAAGGCUCCUCCUCUGCAUCUAUCUCUACCUGCAGCAGCUUUAACAGCAGAGUGUGGGGUGUUGGUGCUGCUGGCGGUGUCUCCCGGAGGAGCAGCAGCAGCAGCAGCAGCAGCAACAGCGGCAACAGCAGCAGCAGUUACUACAAUGGAGGAAUCAUCCGCAGCGACAGCAGCAGCAGCAGCAGCAGUAGCAGUAGCAGCAGCAGCAGUAACAGCAGGGUCGGCAAUAGCAACGACUGCCCCAGAAGCGGCGACUGCAGCAGCAGCAGCAGCAGCAGCAUCAGCAGCACCAGCAGCAGCAGCAGCAGCAACAGUUGCUGGCCGGCUCGUUCUUCUAGUGUGUCUGUUGUUCAGGUGUAUCCUCACCGCGAUUCUGAGGUUGCAGCUCUGAGUGAAGAGCAGCAGCAACAGCAGCAACAGCAGCAGCAACAGCAGGAGCAGCAGCAGGAGCAGCGGGAGCAGCAGCAUGAGGAGUUGUUGCUGCUGCUGCAGCGAAUGCAGCAACGAGAGCAGCAGCUAUCUCGCUGCAGCCAGCUGCCUGGGGCAUUGAUGUUUGCUGCGCCUCUCUACCUUCUGUCUCCUGAAGAAAGGAGACAGCUGCAAGUAUGUCUCUCUGCUGAUUUAAAUACAAACGAACAAAGAAUUUUUAAUAGCUCUACCUCUCUUUUUUAUCAUCCGCAACCAUUUGCUGCGCUGCAGUUUAGAGACAGUGCAGCAGCAGCAGCAUGUUGGGAAGCACAACCUUUCCUCCCGCCUGAACAGCAGCAGCAGCAGCAGCAGCAGCACCUGCUGCAACAGCAGCAGCAGCAGCAGCAGCAGCAAAGGGGCUCGUCUUCAGUCCUACCAACGGUGCAGCUGCUGCAGCAGCAGCAACUGCUGCUGCUGCAAAAUGCUGAGGAGGAAGAAGACGAAGAUAACGGGCUCAGUGCUGAAGAGACAGAGAGAAUCAGACAGCAAGUUGAAGCAAUUGCUGAGAGCGUUGUGGGGCCUAGAGGGCCCUUUGUGCUGCUGCACCCUCAGCAGCAGCUGCAGCUGCAGCAGCAGCAGCUGCUGCAGCAGCAGCAGCAGGAAGAGCACUUUGAAAAAAUAUUUCAGACCCUAAGGAGACUCUCGCAGCACUUGUCUCCUCAUCAUCGCCGCCUGUUAGAAGAUAUACUUAAGUGCAAACCCCAGAUAGACCGCAGCAGCAGCAGCAGCAGCAGCAGCAGCAGCAGCAGCAGCAGCAGCAGCAACGACAACAGCAGAAGCAGCAGAAGCAGCAGCAGCAACAACAACAACCACCACUACCGCAGCAAUAAUCAUAAUACAAAUAACUCAAGGGACAGAAACAGCUGGAGGCAGCCGUACAGCAGUGGUGAGCGGCGUCUGUCUUUGUCUGCAUCUGAAGAAUUAUGUUUAGUUGAAGCCGUGAAGACCCUCUACGACGAUCAAAUACUUCCUACAGCGUUUAACCUGAAAGGACGGUUGCUUGAACAGGGCUGCUCGCAGCAUGUUGCAGCUAACUUUUUAUCGUAUUACCGGCAGCUAAGCGACACAUUUAUAGUAAAAGAGUUAGCUGAAACAAGAGAAGAAGUUGUUCUUCUUCUAAACCCCCCUGAGAAGCAUCAAGGAUGGGUGGACGCGAACGAUCCCGACGAUCCCUAUCCUUACUGUCUCUGGGCACACUUUAUGCACUUUGUUCAGGGGCCUCACUUUGCUGACUCUUAUAAACAACUCCAAAUCGGAGGAGGAAGGUAUUAA